AUGUUCCGAUCGUCAUUUGGGUCUUGCAAGCCCCGAAAUCUUUCCGACGUCGUCGAGCCACCACAUAACCGGAGCCGCCGCCACCACCACCGCCACCACCAAUUGAUCGACCUAUUCUCUCCCAGGCCUUACCCUUUCCCUUCCAUUUGUAAAUCCAAAUACCUCGAGCCACACCCCUUUACGACCCACAAACCAUCAAAUCCAUGCUCUCUUCUCUCCCCAGUAUGCCCUCCGGGUUCCCCCAUAUCCCCUCUCAACCCCCAAACCUCAGAAUCAAAUUCCAGAGACAUAAAACAGGGGAAAAAGGGGAAAAAGAAGAAGAAGAAGCCAACUCAAUUCAUGACGAAGGACAGUUUCGACAGUUACUACGACGGUGUCAGCAGCGAAGAUGACGACGACGAAGAAACCGUGAGCGAAACGACCCUCUUCUCUUCCAAGUCUCUGUCCUCUGUUUCUUCUGAGUCUUCUUCAAAAGCAAGUCAUCAUCAUUCACGGAGAGGUAAAAUGCCACAUUUGCAGGGGAAAUUAAAGGAUAGCUUUGCGGUGGUGAAGCGUUCGAGCGAUCCUUACAACGAUUUCAGAACUUCGAUGCUGGAGAUGAUCGUUCAGAAGCAGAUUUUGAGCGCCUGUGAGCUUGAGCAACUUUGCAGACGUUUCUGGCUCUCAACUCUUAUCAUCAUCACAGGAUUAUUGUUGAAGUGUUUACAGAGAUUUGGGAGGCUCUGUUCAUUGACUGCUCCUGAAAGGGAAAACUCUGUUUUCUUUCCUCUGAGUUCAUCACUAAUUAAUUUCUAA